AGAAUUUCAGCAGAACAUGGGGUGUGUCCUCUUCAUCACACCUCUGUGAAGAUCUGCAGGACUGGGUGUAACUCAGUUAGGUCACACCAGAGGAGUGUGAGCGUGGUGGGACCGCUGUGUUUAGAGACGUUAUGUAGGUUAUCUAACUUUCCUCUAUUAAAGCUUCUCCUCCUCACCGAUCUCAGUUAGAACCACAGGAAGAACCACAAACACAGUGUUUAUCUACCGACCCCACCUACCGGAGAGGACCAGCCCCUCGGCAUUCCUGGAAAACUCCGCGGAGUAAAGAGACAGAAAGCGCGGCGAGGGACUGACAUACCCACACCUGUUAGAUAACUAACUCUGACUGGGAUUAACCACACUGGGACACAACUAACUGGUCUAACUGGUUUGGGAUCCUUUUGCUGUGCGGGGAAAUACUGAAUCAGCAUGUCCAGAUCUGACUUCCCUCCGGGUUACGACGAGUCCCGGCUGCUCCACAACCCUCAGCCUGGGGGUGCCCACCCCCAACCAGCCUAUGGCUUUUCUCCGUAUGGUGGGCAACCUCAACCCCAGCCCGCAGGCUACCCACAGCCAUCUGCUCCUUACCCUGGCCAGCCUGGCCCUUAUCCUGGUCAGCCUGGCCCUUACCCUGGUCAGCCUGGCCCUUACCCUGGUCAGCCUGGCCCUUAUCCUAGUCAGCCUGGUCCUUACCCCGGUCAGCCUGGCCCUUACCCCGGUCAGCCUGGCCCUUACACCGGCCAGCCAGCACAACCAGGCCAAGGAUUCCCACCACCAAUGCCACCCAUAAUGCCAGUCAUGCCCAUGCCAGGACAAGAUGAUGAAGGAUUCACGACGUCACCAGGAUGGGAGAGUUUGAGCGUGCGACACACUUUUAUUCGCAAAGUGUACAUGAUCCUCGCCGCCCAGCUCCUCCUCACCGUCUCCAUUGUGGCUGUUUUCACUUUUGUGCAACCUGUGCGUACCUUUGUGGUGAGAAAUCCAGGAGUCUACUGGGCCUCAUAUGCAGUCUACUUUAUUACACACAUCAUGCUGGUCUGCUGUAAGGGACCCAGGAGGCGUUUCCCCUGGAAUCUCAUCCUGCUGGGCAUUUUUACUCUGGCCAUGUCCUAUAUGGCAGGGACGAUAUCCAGUUACUACGACACUAAAUCGGUGUUCCUGGCUCUGGGGAUUACAGUGAUCGUCUGCAUCGCUGUGACCGUCUUCUGCUUCCAGACCAAGGUGGAUUUUACCAAGUGUGGCGGUCUGUUCUGUGUGCUCGGAAUUGUCGUGUUCGUGACCGGCAUCAUCACUGCCAUCGUGCUGUCCUUCAAAUAUAUCCCAUGGCUCCAUAUGCUGUAUGCUGCUAUUGGAGCUAUUGCAUUUACUCUGUUUCUGGCCUACCACACCCAGCUUCUGAUUGGGAACAGAAAGCACUCCAUCAGUCCAGAGGAGUAUGUGUUCGCUGCUCUCUCCAUUUACGUUGAUGUCAUCCAGAUAUUCCUGUUCCUUCUGCAGAUCAUCGGAGCUUCUCAACGAUAGGACAUUCCUCAGGCUGGCCCACGUCUGUGUUCCUCUGCACUCGUAUAUAUUUUCAAUACGUGUAUUAGCUAGUUCAUUCUACGAACAAAUGAUGGUAUAUUAGUCAACAUGUUGGGGGCCUGCUUCAUCUUAAAAAUGUUUUUUUUUUUUUAAAUAGAUAUUUUACAUCUUCAGCAAUGUUGUACAAGGUUAAUGCACAGCCAGAUGUUUUCAGGCUUUCACCUAGAAAUGAACUCCUUAUGAUGAGUAUUGAAUUUAGGAUUUUUACUGUUUACCGUACGGUUACAUAUGCAAGUUACUGUAUAACAUUUAUGUCUUUGCAACUGAAUCUUUUAGUAUAGUAUAUACACUAUACGCUAUAUGGACAAAAAUAUCAGGACUCCUACUCAUUAAUUGUUUCUUCCAUAAUCAAGGGUAUUAAAAAAUGAUUGCUUUUCUGAUUAUCCGACAUUCUCCUCUCUGAAAAUGAGUCUAAAACUGUUAGACCUUGUUUUGUUCUGAACAGGAAUAAACGGACACCCUGAGAAACUAAUCCUGUCCGGAUAGGGCUUAACCCUAGUCCUCGACUAAACUUCUCUUUCAGUGGAAUUCUCCAUUAAUCCCUUACAGGUAAUCUGCCUCUUUCCACUGCUCAACAGAUCAUGUUUGCGGGACUUUAUACUCCUCUAGCCGUCACCUGGCAUUAGGCAUUUUGCCAAUAACAGCUUUGUGUUUUGUCCUUUUCUAUUGGCAAUACUUCUUUUAUCUACAGGGACUCCACAGUCCCUUCAACUGAAGAAGGGGUGCCUAAAAUCAUUUGGACAUAUAGAGUAUAUGAUUAGAUUUCAUGGUAGAUUAAAUAUAUAACGUACUAUAUUGUACUAGUUUUGUUACUGAUACACAAUUGAAUGUCUAGGCUUGUUACUGAGAAGAAUGUGUGCGUGUUUAUAUGCAAUAAUGAUCAACAUCAUGUUCAUAUACUCUACAAUAAAUCAACAAUCUAAUUUUUGUGACAGGCCUUUCCAUAUGUGACCAAUAGGCUGGUAAGUCCUUAAAGGAGAACUUCAGUGUAAAAUUGAUUUGGGUGUAGUAAAUUGUGAUAAAGAGUAAUUACCUUUGUUGAAUUGCACACCUUUGUUUUCCUGCAGCUUUCCAAGAUCCAGGCAUUUUAUUCCGUUCGUCCAAACACCCUUUAGACUGGGUGAUACAGGGCAUAUUCUGGCACCUGUAGAUAAAUCACUCUUUACAGUGUUAUCCAGAACUCAAAGUAACUCCACACUUCAUUGGUAGAAUUUGGACAUUAAACCAGGGCAUUUAGAACUUUAAUAGUGCACAAGAAAAAAACACUGUUUACAGCCUAUAGCGUAAACUACAUCUCUAAGUCAUGAUAAACAUGUAAUGUUGACGGAAAUACAUGCUGUAUACAUGAAGAAGACAUGGCCGGGAUGUGUGCUGUUCUCGGACUGCAGUUUCAGAAGGGAAAAGAAGACAGAAUGGUUUGCGUUUGAGGCCUUCCAGGCUUCAACAUUACGUGCUUGUGAGUCUACUGAUCAUGUCUUUACUUUAAGAUGGCAGCAUCCUGAGAUGUAGGUCACGCUACAGGUUGCAAACAGUGGUUUUUAAUAAACUUCUUGUGUAUUUUUAAAGUUAUUAAUGCCUCAUUUUAAAUGUCAGGGUUUCUGGUGUGGAGCCAUUUUGAGCCUGAAUAACAGUGUAAACAGCUAUUUAUCUGCAGGAGCAAAAAUAUGCUAGGGUGUUUUUAUAAGAGGAAUAAAAUAACUGGAUCUCAGAAAGCUGCAGGAGAACUGAGGUGGACUAUUCAACAAAGAUCAGUACUCUUUAUCAUGUUUUACUACACCAAAAUUCAAUUUUACACCAGAGUUCUCCUUUAAUAGAACACCUUCCCUGACCCCUACCUCAACUGCACCCCAGACUUUGAAACACCGCUCAUAUAUAUCUUGCCUAAAGAGGAACAGAUGACUUCUGUUCAGAUACGUCCUGCCUGAUGAUAGAUUCUGUUUGGUUACAACAAACUGAUAGUAGAUCGGUACUCAUACUCCUGUAGUUUGUGAAUCUCUCAAACAGUGCCUUUCAAAAGUGACUAAGUAAAUCAGUUUGGAAUUAAUCUAAAACUAGAUUGAAGACGGCUGAGCUAAGAGAUUUUUAUAUUAUUUUGUUUUUUAAAUAUAAUAUAUUUGAAUUCAGUGCAGUUAAUCCAGAAUUAUAUGCAUUUUAAAAUAAAUAAAAAAACCUAUGUAAAAGUAAUGUAAAAAAUAUUUUAUGCCAAUUGUGUUUUUGGAAUGUUGGAAUAAUAAAAAAUAACUGGCUGACACCAAGAAACCAAAGAAAAACACCCUCCAAAAAUACACAAUCCACCACCGCAGUGCACAUGACUUUUCUAUUGUAAUGUUUUUUUUUUAUUAUUUUUAUAUUGUUUUAUUACAGAAAUCGGCUCAUGUUCGGAUGUGUUUGUGGAUGACCCGUGUUGGCUGUUUUUUUUUAACAAGCUUCUACAAUGCUUAUCUUUAUUAGGGCAUCAAUGAUUAUAGACAUUUAUAAAGUAUAUAUAUAUAUAUAUCAGAUCUGUAUAUACACACACAAUUCUUUCCUAAGGGUCAUUUGUACAUAAAGGGAAGUUGAAAACA